GCAGAACAAUAAACCAAGUAACUUGUCAAACAGUGUUAAGCACACAGCACAGGGAGUCAGUUAUUAACAUAAACCGAUUCUGUUAGGCAGUUAUCCAUCUACGAUUUCCUUUUAACAUGGCUCUGAAUCCGGUAGAUUAUAACGCGCAAAAGGAAAAAAUUAAAACGUUUUUCGCCGAAUUUCACAAAGUGGGAAAAAACGGUAAAGACUUCAAAUAUGCCACUCAGUUAACUAGAAUUGCUCACCGUGAGCAGGUUGAACUAGUGAUUGAUUUGGAAGAUGUUGCUGAGUUUGAUGAUGAAUUAGCAGAACAGAUAGUUGACAAUGGUAGACGAUACACUUUGCUGUUUGGGGAAGUUGUUCAAGAAAUGCUACCCAACUAUAAAGAGCAUGAUGUUGAAGCAAAGGAUGCCCUUGAUGUCUACAUUAAUCAUCGCCUGAUAGUUGAAAAUCAGCACCAAAAUGAUGAACCAAAUAGACUGCACAAGUAUCCUCCAGAAUUGAUGCGCAGAUUUGAGGUUUAUUUUAAAUCUCCUUCUUUGCAGAAGGCUAUACCCAUUAGAGAAGUAAAAGCUGUUCAUAUAGGUAAACUAGUGACAGUUCGUGGCAUAGUAACACGUUGCACUGAAGUGAAACCAAUGAUGCAGGUAGCAACAUAUACAUGUGACCAGUGUGGUGCUGAAACUUAUCAACCUAUUAAUUCAACAUCUUUUAUGCCGCUGUUGAUGUGUCCCACUGAUGAUUGCAAAGUGAAUAAGAGUGGUGGUCGCUUGUAUCUUCAAACUCGUGGCUCUAAAUUUGUCAAGUUUCAAGAACUGAAGAUACAGGAACAUAGUGAUCAAGUGCCGGUUGGCCACGUACCGCGGUGCUUGACCGUCUAUUGUCGGGGCGAAACAACGCGUUUGUCUCAACCUGGAGAUCAUGUCAGCAUUACAGGCAUUUUCCUUCCUAUGUUGCGAGCAGGUUUUCGUCAACAAAUGCAAGGACUUCUUUCCGAAGCUUAUGUCGAAGCACAUAGAGUAGUUAGGUUAAACAAAACCGAAGAUGACGAAAUGAGCAUGGAAACUCUGACAGAAGAAGAACUGCGUCAAAUCGGCGAAGAAGACUUUUACGAGAAGCUUGCUACAAGCAUCGCACCAGAGAUUUACGGACACGAAGACGUUAAGAAAGCGCUGUUGUUGUUGCUUGUUGGUGGAAUUGAUCGAAAACCCAAUGGCAUGAAAAUUCGUGGAACGAUCAAUAUUUGUCUAAUGGGAGAUCCUGGUGUUGCAAAGUCACAGCUACUGAAGUUCAUCGAUCGUCUAGCCCCAAGAAGUCAGUAUACCACAGGACGUGGAUCUUCUGGUGUCGGUUUGACUGCUGCCGUGCUGAAAGAUCCAGUUACGGGUGAAAUGACCCUAGAAGGAGGAGCGCUUGUGUUGGCUGAUCAGGGUGUCUGUUGCAUUGAUGAGUUUGACAAAAUGCCUGAGUCUGAUCGUACGGCUAUCCACGAAGUCAUGGAACAACAAACUAUUUCAAUAGCCAAAGCAGGAAUCAUGACUACACUUAAUGCCCGUGUUUCCAUACUAGCAGCUGCCAAUCCCGCUUAUGGUCGAUAUAACCCAAAAAAAUCUGUUGAACAUAAUAUUCAAUUACCAGCAGCCCUUCUUUCGCGUUUUGACGUUUUAUGGUUGAUUCAAGAUCGCUCAGACAGAGAGAAUGACUUAAGGUGUAACUUUGGUUGUCUUAAUUCCUUAUUGAGUUUGAUCUGUUACUUAUUUGCCUUCUUACCCAUUGAAUCAUUUGGCAGACUGGCACGACAUAUUACGUAUGUUCAUCAGCACUACUGUCAACCUCCUACACGCGUGCAGCCGCUUGAUAUGAAACUAAUGAGACGGUAUAUUGCUCUCUGUCGUCAAAAACAGCCUUCUGUCCCAGAACAUUUGACCGACUACAUCGUCAGCGCUUAUGUUGAAAUGCGUAAAGAAGCAAGAAAUAACAAAGACAUGACAUUCACCUCGGCCCGUAAUUUAUUGGGUAUUCUGCGUUUAUCAACAGCAUUGGCACGUCUUAGGUUGGCUGAGGAAGUGGAAAAAGAAGAUGUUAGAGAAGCAAUGCGUCUCAUGGAAAUGUCCAAGGAUUCUUUGAAUCAUCACGAUCAGCGCCCAAUAAGACCUGCAAGCGCCAAGGAUCAGAUUUAUGCUUUAGUUAGGGACUUAGCCGGCGACAACAAAGUUGUUAAAAUGUCGGCCGUAAUUGAACGUUGCACCACUAAAGGUUUCACUCCGGCUCAGGUGGACGAUUGCGUGGAAGAGUACGAGGAACUCAACGUUUGGCAGAUCAAUCAAACCAGAACAACUUUAACUUUUGUGUAAACGCUGUUGUCUUCGUAACAAGGCGUUUGGUAUGAAGUGCACAAUUCUGAGCUAUUCAUUUUUCCGUUCACCAAUGUAAUCGCACUACUUUUUUGAUAAUGUAAUUUAUCCAAUACACUUUUUAAUAGAAA